AUGGCUGGUGAUAAAAUCAUGCAUGCGCAACCUGAAGUUUUAGCUAUUGAUGAAACCAAUAACUACUUGAACAAUCAAUUAUGGAAGUUGUGUGCUGGACCUCUGUUUAAUACUCCAGAAAUUGGAGAGAAACUAGUUGUUUCUAUGAACGACGAACUUUGUCAGCUAAAACCAGUUUUUGAUAUUUCUUCAAAAAUUUGUUGUAAUGUUUUUAGUAUCGACCUUAAGGUAGAGACCAAUACAAAUGAAAUUUAUGCAGAAGUUUCUUUGUUGCCUGAUACAUCUGAUGUUGAGAUCCCUAUUCCUAAAAACAAAAACAACAUACAAAACAUUAACUAUUUCACCAAGGUGUUAAGUGCUUCUGAUACCCGCAAAAAUGGCGGUUUUGUUUUGUAUAAAAGACAUGCCACUGAAUGUCUUCCCCUAUUGGAUAUGUCUCAGCUAACCCCAAGUCAAGAGAUAAUUGCUAAAGAUAUUCAUGGUCAUGAAUGGAGUUUUAAACACUCUUUCAAAGGUACACCAAAAAGACAUAUGUUCUCAUCUGGUUGGAAUGAGUUUGCAAAAGGAAAAAAAUUGGUUGCUGGAGACUCUUUUGUAUUCCUUCGAGGAGAGAAUGGGGAAUCGCGAGUUGGUAUCAGUAAAGCAGCUCAUCAGCAACGCAACAUACCAACAUCUUUAAUUUCAAAAGAGAGUAUGCACCAUGGUGUAGUUGCUACUGCACUGAAUGCUAUUGAAAACAAAUGUAUAUUCGUUGUGUUCUAUAAGCCAAGGUCGAGCCAAUUCCUUGUCAACUUCGAUAAAUUUGUAGGUAGAGUGAAUAAUAAGUUUAGUAUAGGCUCCAAAUUUUCGAUGAGGUUCGAAGGAAAAGAUCUAAAUGAAAUAAGAGCUUUCUCCACUCAUUGGAAGGAUUCAGAAUGGCGAAGUCUAGAAGUGCAAUGGGAUGGAGCUGCAACAAUUCCAAGACCUGAUAAGGUAUCUCCAUGGGAGAUUGAGUUGUUAACACAUUCAUCACCCAUUUUUAAGUCAGGUUUAACAAUGUGGUAUCCUACUUUGUCCCAAGGCCAAGAAGUUGGAAAUUCGAGCAUACAAUCUUCCAUGAGAUACUCAUUCCCUACCAUGUCCAAACCAAACUACAAUGAGCAAAUGGUUCAAGCAAUGGAAGAAAUGUCAACUACAACCGUAACUCCUAGCUGCAGACUUUUUGGAGUUGAUCUAACAGUUCCCGCUACAAUAAAGGAUCCAAUAAAACCUAUUGACUCGUAUAAAAAAAUUAAGAUUUCUAAAAUCUUUGAAGAAGAAAAGGUUAACCAUGUCCAAGCUAGAAGUCUUACUAAGGUUCAUAUGGAAGGUGUCAUAGAAAGGUCUGUAGAUUUAACUAUAUUUGAUGGAUACAAUCAGUUGAUCGAUGAACUAGAAACACUAUUUGAUAUCAAAGGCGAGUUGCAUAUGCACGAUCAAUGGAAAAUGUUUUUCAUAUAUGAUGAUGGAGAUAUGAUGAUUCUUGGAGACGAUCCCUGGCCCAAAUUUUGCAAUAUGGCGAAAGAAAUAUUCAUAUGUUCAAAAGAGGAUGUCAAGAUAAGAACAGCAGAUAGCAGAUUCUCCGAAGGUGAUCCAACAUUAACAACAUCAAUCUUACCACCAGAUGUCAACAGCAAUUAG